GGAAAGGAUAAUGAACUACAUAUAGUGAAAUAUAUUCAUCAGUAAAAAUGGACGAAAAGGAGAGUUUAAUUCAUAAAAAUUCAGGCGGAAAAAUAUUAACACGAAUAUGGGUUCAACUGUUUAUUUUCAAAAUGCUCUCUGGAUUUCAAUCUGAGAUGUCGGCAGUGAAUGAUGGACAGUAUAUUUAUCACUUUGUAAAACAACAUUUAUUGAAUGACACUUUAACCAAUGGCAGUACAGUAUCAACUGAAAAUAGGAGCAUGGAAAUUGAAAGUUGUCAGGUGGGAAACAAAUCAUCAAAUUCCCUGGAAUCUAAAGCCCAAAGUGAGGCUACAACGAUAAACCAGUAUUCCGAAAUGAUAAGUUCGGGAAUUUCCGUCGUGAUAAUGAUCGUAUUAGGACCAAUGACUGAUAGAAUCGGUAGAAAGUUCUUACUUGUAUGGAAUGUAUCAAUGUUGCUCAUAGGCAUGAGUGUCAGAACAUAUGUAGUUUACAACAGCUUGGAUGUGUAUCUGGUCCUGGUAUCGUCUGUAUUCAAUGGUCUCUCGGGGACACACUAUACAUAUGACCUUGCUUCGUCUGGCAUAAUGGCAGACACUACUUCAAAGGAUAAGCAAAGAUCAUUCGUGAUGAUUCUUUAUACUUCAGCAAAUGGCAUUGGUUUCUUUAUAGCACAGAUUAUAACGGGUUAUUCCAUUCAUUAUUUUGGAUACAUACCACAGUAUUUCAUGUGUGCUGGUAUUCUUUUGAUUCUCGAUUUAUCUAUAGUGGUAUUUCUGCAAGAACAAAGGCCUAAACCAGCCAAACAUAACGUUAAGGUUUGUUCUGUUUCACUGAAAUCUCAAAUUUGGUCUAUGAUAACCGACGCAGACAUAGGAAAUAGGAAACACAUUUUCUCGUGGCUGUUUGUUUUUAUUCUACUAAAACUAGCAGGAACUGCAUACUCACCAAUAAGUAAUCUUUAUAAGUUAGGUUGGCCGUUUUGUUGGAGUUCAGAACGUAUAGGGUGGUAUGGAGCAGGUUUAUCAAUUGCUGAGUGCAUCUUUGCACCAUUGAUUAUAGCUAUAUUACAGCGUUGUACACCUGAUGAAAUAAUACUACAAGUCUGUAAUUUGUCAUCCAUAAUCAGUUAUAUGGCAUAUGGUCUUGCAAUGCAUAGCUGGAUGCUCUAUACAGUUAUUGGAAUAGGAGUAAUAGGUGACAGUGGAGAAACAAUGAUAAACGCAAUACUAUCUAGAAAAGUCAGUCCUGAUAAACAAGGUGUACUAUUUUCCAAUAUGGCGGUAUUAGAUUCAGCAGUUAGAGUAAUUGGUGUAGCUGCAUUUUCUGACAUAUAUAAACAAACAAGACCCAUAUUCAAAGGCAUGGUGUUUCUGGUUAUGGGUGGACUAGUGUUACUAUCUUCAUUAAUGGCACUAUUCUUUACCUGUAUCUAUGGAUGUGAUCCAGCACAGAAAUUAUGGCAAAAACACAAAAUUGACGUAGAAAUAACAAACGAAAAUAAAAACGUGAUUGCAGUGGGUCAAGCCACAGUAUGCAGAAAAGCUUCAGAUUGUAAUCCAACUGAAUGUUGCAAGGAAGGAUCCCAAAGAAAACGGUUCUUGUUUGAUGCUCCUGGGACAUGUCAACCCCUGCGGAAACAACAAGAAUCAUGUGACCCGUUUAAUGCCACCUCCAGAAGUAAUCCCAACCUGCGUUCAAUAGAGUGUCCCUGUGAAACUGGAUAUGUCUGUCACAGUACAGAAGCCAAAGUCACUGCACACAACUCAUUCUGUGUUCAUGGCGCUGCACCAUAA